GCGAUGGCCGCGGAAGUGACAGGAGUGCCUGGAGCCGCCCCGGAGCGCGGGGUCUCGCAGCGCCCCCACCCCCCUUUGCCGUCACUGGGCCUCUGCGAAGGAAAGCAGUAUUUCUGUGUGAAGACCUCUGUGCUUUGAUUUGUGAAGAUAUUAAAACACUCCAAGAAAUCUCUGACCGUGUCAAAGGAGUGGUGUGUGUUUGUUAAAGAUGGUGGUAUUCACAGAGAAUCUUCAUGGAUUCUAAUGGUGGCAUCAGUGCAAGAAGAGUGGCGGGAAUGGGUUGGAUAUGGAUGGUCUGCUUCUUUCAUCUAGUCACCUCACUAGAAGAAAUACUUCUGGAUACAACUCAAGAGACCUCAGAGAUUGGCUGGACCACACACCCUUCUGAUGGGUGGGAUGAGGUAAGUGUCCUGGAUGACAAGAAGCGCCUGAUCCGGACCUUUCAAGUCUGUAAUGUGGCUGAACCAGGGCAGAACAACUGGUUGCGUACUCACUUCAUAGAGAGACGCGGAGCCCACCGAGUCCAUGUCCGCCUCCGUUUCUCAGUGAGAGACUGUGCCAGCAUGCGCACUGUGGCCUCUUCUUGCAAGGAGACUUUCACACUCUACUAUCACCAGUCGGAGGCUGACAUAGCCUCUCAGGACCUGCCAGAGUGGCGCGAGGGCCCCUGGACCAAAGUGGAUACUAUUGCAGCUGAUGAAAGCUUUUCCCAGGUGGACAGCACUGGGAAGGUGGUAAAGAUGAAUGUUAAAGUACGUAGCUUUGGACCACUUACAAAGCAUGGCUUCUACCUGGCCUUCCAGGACUCAGGAGCCUGCAUGUCCCUGGUGGCAGUCCAAGUCUUUUUCUACAAGUGCCCAGCUGUGGUGAAAGGAUUUGCCUCCUUUCCUGAAACGUUUGCUGGAGGGGAGAGGACCUCACUGGUGGAGUCACCAGGGACGUGUGUGCCAAAUGCUGAAGAGACAAGCACGACGGGGUCUUCAAGUGUUCGAUUGCACUGCAAUGGAGAAGGGGAGUGGAUGGUGGCCAUUGGACGAUGUACCUGCAAGGCUGGCUACCAGCCUGUUGAUGAUGAACGAGCCUGCGAAGCCUGUCCACUGGGCUUCUUUAAAGUGUCUGUGGGAGAUGACCCCUGCCAUCUGUGCCCUGCCCACAGCCACGCUCCACUGCCAGGUUCCCGUGAAUGUGUGUGUCAGAACCGCUACUAUCGAUCAGCUUCAGACAAUUCUGAUGCUCCCUGCACUGGCAUCCCUUCUGCUCCUCGUGACCUUAGCUAUGAAAUUGUUGGCUCCAACGUGCUCCUGACCUGGCGCCUCCCAAAGGACCUGGGUGGCCGCAAGGAUGUUUUCUUCAAUGUCAUCUGCAAAGUGUGCCCAGCCGGGUCCUCAGGGCCGUGUGUGCGCUGUGGGGACAGCGUUCAAUUUGAACCACGCCAAGUGGGCCUGACAGAAAGCCGCGUGCAAGUCUCCAACCUCCUGGCCCGUGUGCAGUACACCUUUGAGAUCCAGGCUGUCAACUUGGUGACUGAAUUGAGUUCAGAAACACCCCACUAUGCCACCAUCAAUGUUAGCACCAGCCAGUCAGUCCCCUCUGCAGUCCCUAUGAUGCAUCAGGUGAGUCGUACUACCAAUAGCAUCACACUGUCAUGGCCUCAGCCAGAUCAGCCCAAUGGAGUAAUCCUGGAUUACCAGCUACGCUACUUUGAUAAGGCAGAAGAUGAGGAUAAUUCAUUCACCUUAACUAGUGAAACCAACAUGGCCACCAUAUCAAGUUUGAGCCCAGGCAAGAUCUAUGCCUUCCAAGUACGAGCUAGAACAGCAGUGGGCUAUGGCCCAUACAGUGGGAAGAUGUAUUUCCAGACUUUAACAGGAGGGGAGCGUUCGGAGAUGGUGCAGGACCGACUGCCGCUUAUCGUGGGCUCAGCACUCGGUGGUCUAGCCUUCUUGGUAAUUGCUGCCAUUGCCAUCCUUGCCAUCAUCUUCAAGAGUAAAAGGCGAGAGACUCCAUACACAGACCGCCUGCAGCAGUAUAUCGGUGCACGAGGACUCGGAGUGAAGUAUUAUAUUGAUCCUUCAACCUAUGAAGAUCCAAAUGAAGCUAUUCGAGAAUUUGCCAAGGAGAUCGAUGUGUCUCUCAUCAAGAUUGAGGAGGUCAUUGGAUCAGGAGAGUUUGGAGAGGUGUGCUUUGGGCGCCUAAAACACCCAGGGAAGCGUGAAUACACAGUAGCUAUUAAGACCUUGAAGUCAGGUUACACGGAGGAACAGCGGCGGGAGUUCCUGAGCGAGGCCAGCAUCAUGGGGCAGUUUGAGCAUCCCAAUGUCAUCCACCUGGAGGGUGUGGUCACCAAGAGCCGACCAGUCAUGAUUGUCACAGAGUUCAUGGAGAACGGAUCACUGGAUUCCUUCCUCAGGCAGAAGGAGGGACAGUUCAGUGUGUUACAGCUGGUGGGAAUGCUACGGGGGAUUGCAGCUGGUAUGCGCUACCUUUCCGACAUGAACUAUGUGCAUCGUGACCUGGCAGCACGUAACAUCUUAGUCAACAGUAACCUGGUGUGCAAGGUGUCAGACUUUGGUUUGUCCCGCUUUCUGGAGGAUGAUGCUUCAAAUCCCACCUAUACUGGAGGUCUGGGCUGCAAGAUCCCUAUCCGUUGGACUGCCCCUGAAGCUAUCCAGUAUCGCAAGUUCACCUCCUCCAGUGAUGUCUGGAGCUAUGGCAUUGUAAUGUGGGAGGUGAUGUCGUAUGGUGAAAGGCCUUACUGGGACAUGUCCAAUCAGGAUGUAAUUAAUGCCAUUGACCAGGACUAUCGCCUGCCACCACCCCCAGACUGCCCAACUGUUUUGCACCUGCUGAUGCUUGACUGCUGGCAGAAGGAACGAGUUCAGAGACCCAAGUUUGAGCAGAUAGUCAGUGCCCUAGAUAAAAUGAUUCGCAAGCCAUCUGCCCUCAAAGCUAUUGGCACUGGGACCAGCAGACCAUCUCAGCCUCUCCUGAGCAACUGUCCUCCAGAUUUCCCUUCACUCAGCAAUGCCCAUGAGUGGUUGGAUGCUAUCAAGAUGGGCCGUUACAAGGAGAAUUUUGACCAGGCUGGUCUGAUGACAUUUGAUGUCAUAUCACGCAUGACUCUCGAAGAUAUCCAGCGUAUUGGCAUCACCCUCGUUGGUCACCAAAAGAAGAUUCUAAACAGCAUCCAGCUCAUGCGAGUCCAUUUGAAUCAACUUGAACCAGUUGAAGUGUGAUGUUUACACCAUCCUUAUUCUGCUAGUCUCAAACUCUGGAAAGGUUCUGGGGGAAUUCAGAGGGAUUUUCACUGUAAGAAAAAAAGUAUCAGUAUGCUACUUGAAGACAAUGCACACAGAGUGCACACUACAUGUCCUCUUCCACGAACAAAAACAAAGCCUUGCUAAGAUUUGAAAGCAGAGCUAAAUGACUGGUGACAAUUAAAUGUGGCUGACAUCGUACACUGGGAAUGGGUUUGGGGUGGGAAGGUUAUAAUAACAUGGGGCAGAGAUGGAAUAAUAACUUGGACAGAUCACAAGCACCUGUUGCCUCUUCUCUGCCAACAAAAGGUAUCUGACAACUUUACAAAGUCAUCAGCAGGCUUUAUCUAUGGCCAAGAGCCCAGAAAAGCUACAAAGACAUAAUAAAGGCAACAAAAAAUUAGCAUUUUUUUUCAGAAGAAUGGUCUGAGAGAUUAUUAUUCAGAUGGAGCACGAGGCUAUCACUUGGUAUGCCAGCUCAGUCCAGAACUGAAGUUCCAGCUGGUGCACAAUAUGUGGUAAGCGAUAACACGUUACCUGGUAAAGAGGUUGAGAGUAAAGGGUUCAAAAUUCAAUGCUAUUUCACAUGCUGUUCUUGGGUCUGCUCCAUGAUGGAAAUUACUGAUCUUUUCUGGUUAUGUGAGGAACAGUCCAUCCUCGGUGCUAUGCAACUCUGUUUAUGGGACUGCAACAGAAUGGAUAAAUAAGGAUUCGUAGAACCCAUCCUGCUGGAUCUGCAAGUAAAGAGGAAAACAAAUAGGUUCUGGUUCUCACAAGCCCAUUCUUGCGAGGAAAGAUGUGAUACUCUGAAAUCCUGAGUACCCAGCAUUUGGAUUUUGUUCUCUUCUGACCCCCUUACAGACACUGAAGAUUGUGACAAAAUCCAAAACCCUUUGCUAUUGAAAAAUACUUCUUCAUUUUCUCACCCUGGCCCUCGGGCACAGCUGCUUGACUAUUGUUUUUGAAGAAAAUGCAGGCCUAUAGUACUGAACUUUAAAUAGACAAUUGGAACAAGGAAGGUGAAACUCUCACAAGUUUUUGUCAAGAGUGAUCAGGGAAUGGUACCGGUCCCACGAGUCACUUCAGUCCUUAAAAAAAGCAUUAGCAAUGUCCUUGAGAUCAACUAUGUUCUUUGGUUGAGGUACAUGAGAGUGACCAGAAUGACAGAGCUUAGGUACCUCUUCAGACAGACUUAAGGAAAGAUCUGCUUUGAGAAGGGGCGGAGUUUCAAGACUGUAUCUCUCUAUCUAUCCCUAUGCAGGAGUAAGAAAACAUGAAGCUGAGCUUGAGAGGAAAACUCAUACACUUGGGGAAAACUAUACACUUGCUACCUCAUCAAUACAUAGGAAGGAAAUGGAAAACCCUGUUAAACAAGACCCCAAUGAUGAUACCUUUUUGUGUCUAGAGAGGAAAUAACCCUGACUGUUCCAAUCUGUGCUCAUCUGCUGGCUCACUGUGACCUAGUCAUGAACUUACUGUAUUUCCCCAGCUGUCAAGGUUAGAAUAUCACAAGUACUUCAGAUACUACUCCUGUGCAGAUUUAAGGAUUCCCCCAGUCAACCCAGCAAUUGAAGGCUCUCGGUCUAAACCAUGUUUAAUAGUGAUUCAAGAGUCCAAUAAUAUGAUGGGAAGUGCUCCAGAAUAGUUACUUUAGAAUAGCCAACACAGUUCAGGCUCUUUGUUAUACCAUUAGAGCAACAUUAUCAUUAAUAUUUUUUAGCUGAAGAGGGAGAAUAGAAGGACAUUCUUUCAAGAUAUAAAAAAGUCAAUACAAAAACAAUGCAAGGAAACAUGAAUAAAACAUUCAUGGCAGUACAAAGAGAGUGUGAAGGUUUAAAAAAACCCCACACAUCAGACUAGAGUCCAACCCCAGAAAAUUUCAGUCUGUGCUUUUUAAGGGGUUUCUGUAAACUUGUAAUACUCACACAUCCAGUGCUGUGUAUGCUGACUGACUGUCAGCUCCACCCACGGCAUCUGAGACAGAAGAAGUGUUGUCCUCUUCAGAAAGCAUAUUGAGCACAAGAUGUUGAGGGGAAUCUGUGGUCUCUAGCACCUUCCAUAUAUAUUCACCAGAGGACAACAGUGCAUAUACGCAUCUUCAUAUAUGAGUGUAUUCUAGAAGUUCUAUGUGCCAUUUGGGGAAAUGCGGCAGCCUUUCUUUUCCAUGCCUUGGGUGGCCAGGAUCAGUGGAAAAAAUAGCAAUCUGGUUCAAAUCCUAUGGCCUCUUUUCAGCCUGGAAAUUUAUAUGCAGAAAAUAAAUAGUCUCUUUCUGUUCAUGCAAUGGAAGACAAAAUGGGAGCCUUGUCUGAAUCUUAUUCUAUUGUCAAUGAGGUCUAGUAGGCCCUUAUGGGGAGCUGCAGUGAAGUAACCUGCAUGGUGGUAGUUCUAACCGUACAACAUUAGCAUAGGAAGUAUAUUGCAAAGUCGUUUUCACAGUCAGAGGAAAGGGAUUUAUUUGCUAUACCAAGGAAGUCAUGUAGUGAUUAGCCAUCUUAGAUCUCCUCUUCCUCCUCUUCUGAGGCGUGUUGAAACGUCCCCAUGAUAUUUCUAAGUCAAGUGUCAAGAUGUCAUGGCUGUGGCUAGAACUGCACAGGGACAGACUUGGCAUCACAAACUGACUGCAAAUGGAUAACCCUUUUCUCUAAGAAGUCUCUCCAUUCUCUUUAUUCGCAGUCUGUUCCUUAUUUUCAAGUGCUUGUUUUCUUCCGUAGCUUGGAAUGCAAAGGUUCUGAUGUUGCAAUGCAACUUUUGUUAUUUGUCAUCAUAUCACUCCUCAACUCUCCAAGCAUGGAGGAAAGGCAGUCAUGGUAAAAAUGUUAGAAAUAGCCUGACCUUACUUUUCUCAAUUGUCUGAAAACAGAAAUGCUGCAUUCUGUUUCCACAGUCAUCUGGGAUGUUCUGUAGUAUAUGAGCACCCUCAACAGGUAGGGAUAAGGAUCAGGAGGGAAAGGAGUGGGGCUCACCUAGGCACCUGAUAUCUGUCCUUCACCAGAAUAGUGAGAAACAAUGCCAAAAACUCUUACAGAACCAUAUUGUUUGCCAGAGGAGUAAUGGGAGAUAAACAAGUUAUUGCCCGCCUUUACUCUGUAUGAUUUCUGUAGUAUGCAAUGUAUAAGAAUAAUGAGUAAAUUAAAUGCACAAGGAUCAAUGCAUAGAUCUUCUUGAGGGCAUUAGGCAUUUGUAUGAAAGCUCAGAAGAGUCAUAGCUAUAGUUAAAAAGAAUAUAUUGCUAAGACUAAUAGCUUGAACACCAACUUCUCACUGUCUGGAAACAGGAAGAAACUUCACCUUAAGGCAAGCUGUUUUGUAAUUAUUCCUGAUGAGGUUCCUUGAACCUGCCUUUUUACUGUCAGUUGCUGGAGAGCCUCCCAGACAGAUAAUUGGAUCUGCACCGGUAUGUCAGUUAAUGUGUUGUGCUGCCAAAGAGCAUGUCGGGCAAGCAAGUUCCCACCUAUGCCGCUUUGGCAGCCAAGUGAAAUUCUCAGCCAGGAGCUACAUGCCUGUGCACUCCCUGCCUCACUGAGCCAUGGCAUGUCAGAAACAGGCCCUGCUCACCAGAGUGUUCAAAGACAAGCAUGGAAACUAAGAUUUUUGCAUCCAUACCUGAAAUGAUGUUGACAAAGGCUCCGUGAUGGUCUGACUUACAGAGGAAUUUCUAUGUUUUGAACCUGAGUACCCUCAGUGCACAUGCAGGUGAAAUGGUUUGCAGACCCUGUUUGGGUUUUAUUUGUUUGGGUUUGGUUUUUUUUAAAUGGAAAGAUAUAAACUUAGUGCAGUACUAUAUUAGGGCUAAUUUAGGGAACACAAGCUGCUUCAUGGAGAGAAAUGCUGAAAGAGGCUACCUGUUUAGUACAAAUAUGUUCAGCACUUAGGGCUCUCUAGAAAGAAAGAAGCUGCUGUAGCUUCCUUAGUCCCAGAAAAUUUGUAUGUUAUGAACUUGAGUGAAACCUCUGGGUGUGGUAGGAAAUGAUGAGCAACACCAAGGAACUUACCUUUAAUAAGCAAACAAAGAAAGAACUGUCCCUACCACUGGAUAUUCCUUGGUCAGGAAUUCCAGCCAAGUCUACCUGAGGGAUACUCUAAGUGAAGGCAGCCAGACUGAAUCAAUCCUGCCUUUGGCUUACUCUCUCAACAGUCAGCUACACAACUUUUACACAUACAGAUGCAGCUAGGCAAUAGAUUUGGGUUCAAGGCAAAACUGAUUCUUUCUUUUUUCUGAAACCAGGUAAUGCUAGAAAAGCAAUGAAAUCAACUAUCACAUGUUUUUCAUGCUAGCAACUAUUCAUAGGUAUUGAGCAUCCUAAGGAUUGCAGAUCCCAUGCAAAUUUGAAUCUCUGGAUAUCAUUAAAAAACAGUAUGGAAGAGCAAACCUCAUGCCCAACUAGAAAGCUAGUCUAAUCCUUCACUUUUCUAAUCUAUGGAAAAAAUGGCACCUCUCUCGGAAUUUACUUUUUUUCUGGCAUUCAAGGUCAUCGUGCUGUGUGUAUGAAGCUGUUCCACUUCAGUGUUACUGAAAGGGUUGCACUGAGUUAAUGAGAAAUCACUGUGUCUUCUAGACCCUUCUGAUCUGUAACUGGGACCUGUUCAAAGAGGAAUUUCUCCCCCUGGUGUGCUGAAAUACAGAACUGCUCUCUAAAAGCCUUGGAGCUUAGCUGUUUCAUUUCCCUUUUUCAAGUGAUAAGAAAACUCUGUUCUUGAAAUAUUCUCACUUAAAACAUGCAGAUUCAUGAAAACAUAUUGAGAUUUCUUUCUGGUUUCUUCCAUGAUCUCUGUUCCUUGAAUGAAAAGAAUAACGUAAUGUAAUGUCCUUUAGUCAACUGCUAUAAAAGCAAGUCACAAGUAUGAGUGUAAUGGGUUGGCAUCUAUGCCUCAACCAGUUAAUACAAUUUGAUCUAUUAUUUAUUUUUCUUAUACAAGGCCAAGUGUACUUAGCUAACAGUGGGAAAGCUGUUUGCUUCUGAAAACUAAUCCCUUAAAUUCAGGCCAUGCUAAGUAAGGUUGGAUUUUUUUUCUAGUUUACAGUGAUUCUAGAAAUUAUACACGCUGCUGGCUAAUACUAGAAUUUUAGUUACAUCUGUACAACUCCCUCUCACUGCAUUCUGGUAACUUUUAACCAAACCUAUACUGCCCAUACAUUUGGACAGCUGUAACAGAUUGAGCAUUUAUAAACAAUUCUGUUGCUGAGAACAGACUCUAAUCCUCUUUGAAGCAUACUGACUCUGCAAGUGAACAGGAGAUUAAAAAUAAGAAAAUCAGGUUUAUUCAGACAAGUCAGCUAGUUCGACAGAUGUGAAUGAGAAGGCACUAUCUGAAAUAAGCUAUUUAAAAAUAGAUCUAUUCAUGUUGUUCUGUUAAAAAGGACAGUAAUUAUAGUAUACCCUUAGUGUCUCUACUAUAAGUUGUAAAACUGUUGCUAUUUUAACCUGUCAUCUCUCUGGACUCAUAACAAGAACAAACUAAUAACAAUUAUCAUGGUAAACAAAUGUGGGUUUCCCCAAUGAAGAGGACUACAGUAAGAACAGUCAACAGCUGGGUUGCCUGGAGUUUGUACUGAGAAGCAAUGGUUGGGUUUUUUUGGACAGGUAAAAUAUUAUUGCUCUAUCAGAGCUACCAAGUAGGAGACUAAAUAUCUUUUGUUCUUCUGAACUCAUAUCCUGAAUUUAGAUCCUCUGAAUAAGCCCUCCUUUUGUGGACCCAGGUCUGAACAUGGGGCCUCCAAAUAUCAUCUGCAGGUUAUACAAAGUACUAGAAAUCAGACCAAGUCUUCUCACAAAAAGCCAUGAGAAUAGUGCCAUGGAAAUUAAGGCAGAAGAAGGAACAUUGAUCUUUACCCUCAAGGACAUUGCAUUUCACCUCUUGACCCACAGAUGAGUUUACCUUACACUUGACUGAAGAAUCAUUGCUAGAAAGGCAUCUCAUCUUGAUUAAUUCAGGAAUAAUGAAUCUGCAAGAUACCUUGGACUGUUUUUUCCUAUGGAUAUGAUGAUUUUUAAUUGAUGUUUGCCUGGCACUUCUUUUACACUACCCAGUUGGUAUAAAGAGCUGUUUGUGAUCUGAUAUUUCUGCAUUUUCCACCAUCAUUGGAUCACAUAUUCACUUCUUUAUACUCUAAAGUUGAAAUAUUUAAAUGUCUCCCUGUCACACAUCUUUUUUAGUUCUCCCUUCAUUGCUAUGGUUCUCUUUUUCAUCACAUGUUUGGGCUUCCUUUUUAAGAGGAGAAUAUCAAGAACAGACAAAACCAGUCUCACUAUUACUAUACAUGGACAGGAAACGAGCCUCUUACACUGACUUAUUCACCCACAGAUCACUGUAAGCCUUUCACAAUUGAGUUCUUUGAUUACUAGGACAUUCUGAUCCUUCUGACAUAAUUUUUUUUUUUUUUUUAGGAACACAUACCAUGUAGAUAGAAAGUGCACUCUUUUUUCCCAGUUGUCAAGGACUACCCCUGGGUGAGAGUUCUCAAAAAGUGGAUCUUUAUAGAAUCAUGGAGUCACCUAUAUUGGCAUUCUACAAUGCUAAGCAGUUUUUAGUCAGAAUUAUCAAUCUAAUAGACCAUAAAAUGGUCCAUAAGUCAAGUUUAACCACAUGAGAUCAAUUUUAUGUGAGCUUUGCUAUCCAAAUCUCAAACUAAAUACUCGCAAGAGUCACCUUAAUUAAGGAAAAUAUAUCACUGUCUGCCACUUCCUCCCUAAACACAGUUUUCCUUUGUUUGUUCAGGACCUUGUCAGAAUAAUCAGGCACCUAGCUAUUCCUGGGUUGUAAACCCUUCUUAAAUACAGUACAGAAUGAACCUGUGACUUCAAUUUUCUGAAACUCUAAGGGCAGAAGUCACAAAUCCUGGGCCUAUUUCUUAGUGUUAUUUUAAUCGCAGUUAGGAAUGUACAAAUAUAAAAUGUCUAAAAAUUAAAGUGAUCCAGAACUUUAGUCUCCCUAUUGGCCUUAUCAAAGGUAGGCCUUACCACGUGCCAUAUAUUGGUUCAUGACUUCUGGUUUGUAUCAGUUUUUUCCAUGCCUGCUUUGAGUUUUUAGGUAUAUUCAGAGAGUACCUAUCAGAUCAGGUCCCUUACAAGGUACAGCUAGAACAAACAUAGACAAGAUAAACUCUUAAGUCACAUAUUUGUGAUCUGAUGGGUAAGCACAGCAGCAGUAUCCUAGGAUCUAAAUACAUCCGUCAACAAAAUCUUAAACAACUGCAUCUUCUCACUGAAAUAGAUUAGGCAGAGCAACAGUGCAUCACAGGCUUGGGCAUUUAGGUGUUCUAGUCUUUUAGUGGAUCUGGAUAGUCAUGCUGUAAAAUUAUCCUGUCAUUUGUUAUAUAACUCUAAUUGUGCUGUUGGGAUUGCACAAGACUAUGAUGUAUGUGUUCCAUCAUAGCAACUCGAUGUUAUUUCCAUACAUCAGCUGGGAUCUGUGAUCCCAUUCACAUGGGCAUGUAACCAUGUGAAUUUUUGAGUCUUCUAAUCUGACGAGAGAAAUAAAAAAUAACAUCCACCCCUUCCAGUACUCUCUUCAAAUCAAUCUGUUGUAAUCGAGAUCCCACAAUAAUGAGCUACUCUUAAGUAAUUGCAUCCUUAAUGUCCCAGUCAUCAAUCUCCCCUGCUUUUUCAUUUUUUGGAAUACCAAGUUAGCUCAAGGAUCCAUUCUUGGAUCUCCUCUGUCUUGUUCAAUCAUCUGAUUAGAUGGCAGCAUUAGGCAAAAAGAAGUAUAGAUUUAUCCCUAAUCUAAUGAAUGUAAACUGGAGAACUAAUUUCAUUUUCUUCAAGUUUGUAGUCUACCAGUGUCUUAGACUGAAUGUUUUUCACCCUGAGUUUGAAUCAUUCAAACGAUCCAGGGGGAGGACUCCGUGUCAAAAAUUGUCUCCAUUUACAUACCACCACUUCAUCUGAAAUUCCCACAACAACAGGCCAAAAUUAUUUGCUGAAGGCAAAAGCAGUAGACUAGUCUAGGGGGUUUGCCUGAGAAAGAGAGAAAAUCAUUUUGAAAAGAAUCAAGUCAUAGCAGAGAGUAAAGACUGAGCACAUGAAAGAUUUAUGUUCAUCAGAGGAGAGGUAGGGGGAGUAAGAACAACUUCCAGAGUGGGCAGAAAGAACAUAAAAGACAAACAACAAGCAAACCCAUGAAGAAUUUUAAAAGUAAGAAACUGCUUUGGACCUACAGCCUCAACAGAAAAUGCUGCAAAGCCCAACUUCUCUAGGCAACCUGCUCCAGUGCUUUAUUACCCUCACAGUAAAAUACAUUUCCUGAUGUUCAGAUGGAACCUCCUGCAUUUUAGUUUGUGCUGAUUGCUUCUUUUUCUGCUAUUGGACACCACUGAAAGAGGCUGCCUCUGCCUUCUUUAAACACUCUCAUCAGAUUUCUGUACAUGUUGAACAGUCCCAGUUCUCUCAGCCUUACCUCACAGGAAAGAAUCUCCACUCCCUAAAUUGUCUUAGUGGCCUUUUUCUGGACCCUGUGCAGCAGCUCCAUGUCCCCCUUGCAUUGGGAAGCCCAGAACUGGGCACAGGACUCCAGGUGGUGCCUCAUCAGAGCUGAGCAGAUGGGAAGAAUCACUCCCUUGACCUGCUGGUAGCAUUCUGCCUAAUGUAGCUCAGGAUUAACCUUAUUUGUGGUAAGGGCACACUGUUCAUGUUCAACUUGUGGUCCAUCAGGACCCCCAGACUCUUUUCUGCAAAGCCAUACAGCCACAGGCAUAGUUUAUAACAGGGUUCUUUUUUUUCAGUGUUUCAUUUUGGUGCAGGAGUUAAAGGAUAAAUUUCCUCUUGAUUUUGGGGGUUGAAGAAAAAGAACUAUUCAUAUAAUGAAAUGCAAGUGGAAGCAUAACAAAGAUAAUAAUUGUUUACAAACAUUAGAAAGGACAAACAAAGAGGGAAUAAACAGUUUAUAUUAAUCUUAAUCCCUGUUUAUAAUCUUACCUCCUAUUUACAAUCUCUAUUAACAGGGCAAAAUGGAACCUGAGUGGAUGUACCUACUUAGCAUUCAUCAUGUAAGAGCAGUUCAUCAUGCACAGAGAAGCAGUGAAAGGCUUAUAUCCCACUUCAAUCUUAUUUUAUAGUGUGAGUAGGAUGUAAAGGAGUUCUUCAGCCUCAUAAUGGCUCUAUUUAAACAGAUUUUUUUUCCUCAUAAAAGUAGUUCAUUUAAAAUGCCUUUACUUCAAUGAAAUGUCACUAUAUUAACAGUGAAGUAAUCAAGAGUAAGAUUAGACCACCAUCUGUAGCAGAUUUCAUCUGAAAGGUAUCUAACUGUCUGAAAAGUUGCUUUCAUUAAGCAUGUAGAUGGAGAGAUAAGUGACCAUUUUUUGGAAGCUUUCAUGCUUUUUUAAUCUGAAAUUAGACAAUGGACCAGUAACAGUUUUAAGGGAGAAUACUGAAAACUCAAUGGGAUGGAAAGAUCUCUGGUGUUAGUUUCAGUAGGAGUAGAUCUUGAUGUUGCCAGGAAAGACAAUGAUAUAAAUUCUAAUAUACACAUAGUACAGUCAUAUAUAAAUAUAAUAUAUACAUACACCACAGGUAUAUACAUAUAUACACCACAGAGAUGUUUGACUGAAAAGGAAUUGAUGGGUCAGUAUGAAAAGUAGUAGAAAAUUUCUCUUCUAAACUUAAUUCCUUACACUCAUAGGUUGUGGCAUUGAAACACUGACACACAAGUAUGGUGGCCAGAUCAUUGUCUAACAUAAAUUAACUAUUGGCACUUAUUGUACUAUUCCAGUUUUUAUUAAAUGACAUUUCAGCCCAGUAGCAUCUUGAGGAAAAGCCCCAACUUUAUAAAAAGAAAUACAAAGUGCAAGGUAUAGAAUUUGGAGAAAUGAAAACUGAAAUUGAAUAUAGACAUGAAAACAGUUGUUUUGGAUUUGCAUUCUUUUACAUCUGUCCUGCAGAGAUUUUCUGCUCUUCAGGGAUAAUUCAGAUUAACAGUACAAUGAAAAGAUGAUUCUCUCAUGCAACAAAGCACUAUGCUGAUGUUCUCUGGCUUGUCAAAUCCUGUCAGCAGAAAUGUUCCAGCAUUUCAAAGAGAGGGUUUUUUAUCAGAGGCAGAUAGAUGGUUUGUGUCAAGAAAGAGCCUUACUGAGUGUUAGCAAACAUAUAAUAAUUCUUUACUUUUUCUACUCUAGUUUUAAGUGACCAGUGCUUUGUAAUGUCUGCUAAUUACCUAAUACUUUAUAUCCCCAGUUCUUUACUGUCACAAAUAUUUCCUGAUAUUCAGCCUACACUUGUGGUUAUCAUAUUUCAAUCCUUUUUUUGUCGAAUUUUUGAGGCCUUUUUGAAAAUUUGUUCUCUAUGGCUGUUGUAUACUUUUUUUGAAGUGUAUGAUUAGGAGAGAUGAGAUGAUGUGUUGUGAUGAGAGGUGCCAUGACACGAAGACUACAGGAGAGAAUGGAAGAAAUAAAUACAUUCACAGGUGAAAGACAUUGGAAAGACAACUUUGAAAAGAAAAUCACAAGUCUCUGCACUCUGGAGCAAUGUUCUUCAAUUUCAAAAGAGUAGAUAAGAAAUUAUGUGAAUAUUUCAUAUAUACAUACUUUCAGACAGCUGUAUUUUAAAUUAAUAAUAUCACUGUCACAAAGCGAUCUGUAUGAAUUGAAGGGACAAACUGUGAAGCCACAGCUGAUAUCAAAUAUCACCUUAUAAUACAUGUGGACCCGGAGAAAAACAGUUCCAUUUGAAAAGAAAACAUUAUUAACAAUAUGGAUACAUUUGCACAGUCUGCCCUUCUGGAGGUUUUUAGAUAAUAUUUGUGCUGACUUUGUUUCCACAGACACCAGAACCUCAUAUUGCAUAAUUCCAUUCACAGUUGAGGUUGCAGAAUUUUUUUAUAGUUGCAUCUGAAGAGCUAAUACUCUUGAGCACAAGAGAAAAUCUGGUAUGAAGCUACAGAUUAAUUGUAUUAGUGUUGUAAUGGGUGAUAGUGAAGCCAUUAACAGCUCUUGUCAGUACCAUUAUAUUACGGAGUUCACACCCGCGAUUAAAGUUUGGUGCUUCUUUUCACCGUAUCAGGCUGCCUGCAGGCUCAGGCAGGCAUUUCCCUGUGGGUAACAGUUCCACUAGGGUACAUGAACUAAAGACUACCUCUUUUUUUAAUGAAGACCAAACUUCUGGAGAAAAGUUCUCUGACAAGAUUUGCCUGCCUUGACAAUUCUGAAGUUAGGGUUUGUGGAAGACACACGGACAUGCUACUGAUUAGACAGAUUGAUAGAAAGAGGAAGAAAAGGAGGACAGAUGCAAAGACACCCAGCUAGCAUGUCAGAAAUAAAGACACCAGAGCAGUUUAGCCCACAGGUGAAUAUCCAAGUAGAUGAGAUUGUAAUGGUUGUGUCUGCAAAUUUAUUCAGUGGCCCGAGGACUCUUGACAUCAUCUCCUUUUUCCAUUAUCGCCUUCACCAAACUGCUGGUUUCUUUCAUCACAGCACUGUGAGGAGCAGCCUCUCCUGCAACACUUGAUUUCCUUAUUGUCUAUCACACCAUAUCAAAUGUGCCAGGAGCACUUCAACAGCUAGAAAUCCACAGCACAGCCACAGAUAUACUGAGAGAUACUUGGGAAAAUACAGGAUUUUCAAAGAUUUCCAUGAGAAUAAGUGAUGAGUAUCCAUGGAACAAGGGAGAUGAAGUGUAGGAUUUCUUUAAAGUCUCAGGAAAUUCUCAAGAUUCUCACCUCAUUUCUUGUUAGGAGUGACUUUGUAGAAGACAGUCUGGGUUUUGUCCUGUGGGAAGGACCAUAAGAUCUGGUCUGGUUUAUCAUCUGUGCAGUGUUCAUUUUACUUUGACCCAAAAGCAGAUACUACAACUGUGAAAUAAAUUGGCACUCAAAAAGAACAAUACUCACUGUCAGCAUUUCUCAUUAAAGUGUUUUAGCACCUUGUUUAUUCCACUUCUGUUCCCACUCAUAUUUUCACACUUCUCUAAUAGCUUCUAUGUGAGUAUCUCAAGUACUUGGAAAUGUUACUUCACCAAAUUUUGAAUCAGCCUUUGUUUAUGGUUCUGAAAUAAUUUGUAUUUUACAGAUGGAGAAAUUGAGGCACAGAGAAAUGAAGAAUCUUAUUCAUAAAUAGGAAACUGACCAUAGCUAGAUUUCGCACAUAAAUCGCUAUAUUCACUACUUUUUUCAGACUUUUUCUGAAAUAGGAGGAUGUAAUUCUCAUGCAAUGCACAGAGCUGCUGUGAAAUCAUUCUAAAAGGUGAUAUCCUCCUGGAAAAAUUCAUGGAGCAAAAUGUAAUGUUCACCCUUAAAUUUAGGUGAACCCACAAAAUAAAUACUACUGCUCCUGAGGGCUACAUGAAUGUACAAGAACUUCAAAUGCAUUUUCCUCUCAGGGAUUGUGUUUGUUCAUAGAGGAGGCUCCUCCCUAAGACUGCUUACACUGCUUCCUCUGGCAUGUCUGUGUAGCAACAUCUGUGAGAAUGAGCUUCAGGUAGGAAAAGCAGCAUCAUCUGAAUCCAUAUUGCACCUCACAGCACUGAAACAUGUCUGCAGAGGUCAUCACAAUGUGAUCUUUCUCAAUUAUCAAUCCAGACAAAUCAAAUCAGAAUGAGAAACUGUGAAAAAAAGUUGAAAAUGGGAUAGAUUUCAAGGAAAAAAUUAACUUAUGGGCUUUUUAGAUUAUCAUAAGUACACAGUUUAGGUACAUAGGUUUCUUAGACAGUGUAGGUACACAGUUUACCUCUUGGAGUGAGAGCAGAGUAUCCAGAUGUACCAAGAAACUGAGUCAUGGGACAAUAAAAUAAAACAUUCUCAAGUAGGUAAUUUUUGGUAGCUCUUUGAGAUCCUCAGUGAAUCUCUAACACGGUUCUGGAUCAUUAUUGGAUCAUUUUCUAUCAUUUGGGUAUCUUGAUACUGUCCUUUCAGCUCAGCAUUUAUACCUGUUUACAGCUCAGAUGUUGUUUCAAUAACAAGCUCUGGGGCUGCCUCCAUCGAAGUUGAGCAGCAUCCACUUUGUCCUACAAGGCAGUCACAUGAAGGGCUCUCUCCCCUACUGCACCUACAGAGAUACAAAUAAAUUAACCAUCUCAUUGCUGAAUCCCCACUGUUCAGCCGUUUCCAGUCCAGCCUGUUAAGUUUAUUCUCUGCUACAGCUACAGUCUUGUGCCCAUUAUCCAAACAUACAGGCCCCAGAGGCAUUACCCCUCUGAUGAGUACCACAGGUUUUACAAGCAAGAAGUUUCUGAAUAGCUCGUUACCCUUCAAGGACUGGAGCAGGGGAGAUUGCCAGAGCCUGGAACAAUAAAAAUUGUCCCUUCAUGGUCUUAAAAUAAAUACAUUUGUUACAGGAAAUGAGUUUUGCUGCAUCAGCAAACCAGACUUGGUUAGAGGUUUUUGUUCUCAAGACAGCAGACACUUGAGAACUCUCAAGAUACAUAUAUAAAUUAUCUGCCUUUUAUAAAUCAGACAUUUUGCAUAACCAGAAGAUAAUUUAGCUUUCAAAUGAAUAGAGAUCUGAUGAAAAUGUCACAAAGGAAAUAUAAUUCAGCAUUCCAGGGUUAUUGCACAUUUACUACACUUGACCAGACUUUAUACAAGGUGUCAAAUUACUUUCAAAUCUUACACCGCCAGGCCUCAGCAUUUUCUAGCACGUGACAUCUGAGAUCCAUGCAGAAAUCACACAUAUUCCUGGCAUUAUUUCUGUAUUUCUGUUCCUGUUUCAAGCUCAUCAACCAGUCUCAAAUAAAUAGGAUCAGUGAUUCUUGUCACAGUACAAAAUUCAGUAACCAAAUGCUUUCUUUCUGACAGAUGGAAAUACACUGGGAGAACACAAAGCUGUCUCUUUGAUUCCCAUCCUUCUGCUCUAACCAGGAAAUUUGGGUAAAAAAAGAAUCCUAAUUAAAGAUUCAAACCUUUCAUCUUGCUCCAUCCCAGCAUGGGAGCUUCAGCUGAAUACAAUACAUAAUGACCCCUCUGGAAAGUUUGAAGAUAAAGAUGUCAUUGUUAAGAGAAAUAAAUAAUUUUUUUGGAAAAAUAAA